AUGCCUGACAGCACUGCACAGGGCGACGACAUAAUGCCUGACGUCCUUAACGUCCGUGGUUUUUAUGGCCUCGAUGUCUGUGGUGAUUUUUUGGAUACCUGUGAGAGACUUACCUUCAUGUGUCCACGCUUCUUUACCUUCAGUAAGGCCAUGGUCUUUCAGCUUUCUCAGCUUUUCGGUGACCUCAUCGUUCAACUGCUUCUGAAGCCUUUGAAGCUCCGUGGUGAUUUGGUCGACGCCACCGCCGAUUUCACCGGGUUGGGAGGACAGCUCACUUUGUUGAUGCUGCAGUUCACUUUCGAUGCUUUUAAGGCCUUUUCCAUUUUUACCGUUGGGGUGCCAACUAUUUUUACUUAG